AUGGAUACUGCGAGUGUGCCGAGCACCAAACACCAGCCAGCCGACUCGCAUCCCUACUUUGUCACCUUGGAUAUCGCCAGUCCCUCCUCCUUGUUCGGAAGCUCAUGCGGUGGCAUCGACCUGCGGUGGGUGCGCUCCGUGGCCGCCGGAGGCAUCUUCUCUUUGUUCCUCCUCGCGGCAUACUUGAUCGCAUUCCCCUCGACCACAAUAUUCCAUCACCCGCACCGAUCCUCUGCAACCCAGCGCCUGUCGCCGGCCAGUCGGCCGCGCUUCGCCUACCUCGUCUCGGGUUCGGCCGGCGAAGCCGACAGACUGCGCCGCUGCCUCCUCGCGCUCUACCACCCUCGGAACCACUACAUCCUCCACCUGGACGCGGAGGCGUCCGACUCUGAGCGCACGGAGCUGGCAGCCUUCGUGGCGACGCACCCGGUUCUUGCCGCCGUGGGCAACGUGCGAGUGCUGGAGAAGGCCAACCACCACGGGGGCAUCACUAUGGUAACCACCACGCUGCACGCGGCUGCCAGCUUCCUGCGCGGCCCCCGGGCCGACUGGGACUGGUUCAUCAACCUCUCCGCCUCUGACUACCCGCUCGUCACGCAGGACGAUCUGAUGGACGUGUUCUCACACCUGCCGCGCGACCUCAACUUCAUCGACCACACGAGCGACAUGGCGUACGUGCUUUCAUCUGCGAGGACGAUGGUUGACCCGGGGAUCUACAUGAACGAGACAGAGAAGCCGCAGCUGCCCACCACAAUCUUCACAGGUUCUGCUUGGACCGUGUUGUCACGGCCGUUCGUUGACUACUUGAUCCGGGGGUGGAAAAAUCUCCCGCGCAGCCUCCUCGUCUCCUCCCCGGAGGCCUACUUCCACACCAUGGCCUGCAACACCGAGGAGUUCCGGAACACCACCGUGAACCACGACAUGCACUACAUCUCCUGGGGCGGCUCCCCUGCGCGUCAACCGGAACUCAUCAACUCCAGCCACUGGGACGGGAUGCUCGGCAGUGACGCCCCCUUCGCGUGCAAGUUUGGCCAGGACAACCCGGUGCUCGACCGAAUCGACGCAGAGCUCCUGUCACGGCAGCCCGGGAUGCUUGCCCCCGGCAGCUGGAGCAUCGGGGAUACCGGCGGCGAUGGCUCCUUCUGGAUCGUGAGGGACGCGACGCCCCUGCGUCCUGGCCCUGGAGCUGCGCGGCUGCACCGGCUUGUCACAUCGCUCCUGUCCGAGGACAACUUCCGGCCUAAACAGUGCAAGAUAGUCAAUCACAGCGCCUGAGCCUGAUCUGUGGAUACGACCGGCGGUGCUCCGUUUUUCUUUCAGGCUCAGCAUCAGCAGUUAAUAAUUAAGCACGGUAGCUCUAUGUAGUCAUGCACACACUAGAACUUUGGAAAUGAGUGAGACGUGUCUUCUCAUUCCGGCGCCAAGCAGUUGACUUUCGAGA